AUGCGUCGGUCAGCCACGUCACGAAAUGUUUACGUUGGCUUGUGCGGUACCCUCAUCGAAGCAUGCCGAGGCACGACUGUAGUAAAUGCGGCGUCUAUAAUUCCGUGCCUACCCAACGAUUGAUUUGAUGCACCCGACCGGCGGACGAUAGGCCUUUUGCUUUCGGGAUGUGAAAUUAGGUCGACAUGAACACAGCCGUCAUCAUGAGGAAUUCGAAGGCCCGUACGUUCCUGUACGUGCUCCUCGCCUGCGCCAUGAUGUUCACGGUGUUCCUCCUGUCCUCCACGCACACCAAGCUCAAAGAAACGCAGGAGUCCCACGAGAAGUGCCAACAGCAGAGAGACUCGCUCUCCGCCCAACUCCAGGUUGUCUACGAACAUAAAAGCAGGCUGGAAAAGACACUUCAGACAGAAACCUUGGAGAGGAAAAAGGCGGACGAAGCACUGCAGCUGUCUAGAGAUGAGUGGGAGAGAGACAAGAAGGGGGUGCAGUCAAAAGCUGACCAGUUGGAGAGGAAAUUGGAAGAAAUGGAUAAAUCUCACCAGGAGGAGUUUGGGAACUUGAAGAGUAGCUACAACAGCCUCCAGCAAGAGAAGGAGAAGCUGGAGGCGGAUCUUGCGCGCCAUGUUGUCCUGCUGCAGCAGGAGAGGGAUGCCCACGUCAGCCUGAACAGAGAAAUCGCUGAGCUGCGAGACCUGAAACUAAAAGGCGAUGUUGCACUCGACACGGAGGUGAAGAAAAUGCGGAGUCAACUCGAAACGUGUCAUAGUGAACAGAACCUGCUUCAGGCUGCCAUUCAGCAGCUGAAGUCUGUCCAAAGGCCAGGCAUCGCCCCGCAGAUACCAGACGCGGAGAAGCUCCAGGACCAUGCUGCCAGCAACGUCCAGAGAGCGCAGGUGGUAGGUUCGGCCGAGGUUGGUGCCGUGCUACCGAAAUCUGAAGCUAAGGAGGCGGGAGGAGCUCAGAAAUAUGGCGAACAAAACCAACAGUUUGGGGCGGAAAGUCCACCGAGAAAGCAGAAAGAUGCCAAAGCCGGCGAUGGUGUCAACGGUGGGAUUCUGGGGGCACUUCCUGUCGCCAAAAGGCUCGAAGUGAACGAGCAAGUUGCGGCUCCGGCCGUAGCCAAGCCGUCCUCGACCACCACCACCACCAGCACGAUGAGGCCCGCACAGGCCCUUGGUGAUGGGGCAGUCAUUCCCCAGGGGGCAGCGCCACCACUCAGGGAUAAUCUGCACGUCCAGUUCAAGUCCCCGCAGAAUCCCAUUCAGCUCGAAGUUGCCAAGCAGCCCGCCGAGAUGCCUGUCGAACAACCUGGGCAACAGAUUGCUCAGCCUGCAGUUCCUCAGCUCCCUAAACCCGCACUGCCCUCGGUGGAAGCUGCCCUCCAGAAGUCCGUGGCUCCCAAAGCACCCAAGGCACUUGGUGUCGGACAGGCGGACAAGGAUCUGAGCGAUCAAGAGCAGCCGCCGCUCCAAGCACCUGAAAAUGAGAUUGGGGAUGGGGACGAGGCCAUUGCUGCUCCCAAGAAGCAAGAAGCGGCUGCCGGGCACGCCGAUGGAAACAAAGAGAUGCAAGUGCGCCCGCCAGUGGCCAAGCCAGCCCACGGCGAGGCGGGAGACCACCAGGUGGCGGCGGGCGGCGACUCCGUGCCCGUGCUGGGAGCGGCACCGGACGUGGAGGUUCCUCCGAAGCCGGUGAAUGGCGAAGCUGCCCAAGCCAAGAAAGGCAAUGCCCCUGCCAGGGGCCAUGAGGAGAACCUCUUGUGGGGAGGCCACAGGAACGGGGCUGCCUGGCAGGGAGGCCGGCAGGCGGAAGAGGACAACCAGGAGUACGUCAAUCCAGCCAAAGACGACGAUGCAGCGGAAGACCAAGAAGACGAUGGACCGUUUGGAGCGGCUGGAGAUGCCGCGCAGGGAAAACAUUUUCCGGAUGCUGCCGAUUUCGACGACCAGGCGGCCGAAGGCGACGUGCAGCAGCCUAACCAUGGACGGGAGGAAGGCAUGAUGGUGAAUCCAAAGUAGUGCCCUCCGUUUCACUCUCGUCUCCUUUUUGACGGCGAACUCUCCAAAGACGCGAGAAGACAGCAAGCCCGGUUGUCGGUCAAGUUUGGGACGAAGGAACAGACAUUGCGCGGUUCGCUCUUGUUUGCAUUUGUGCGUGUGUGUCAAAGACACGUGAUCUCGCUGCCGGAAAUGCUCGUGGAGCCUAAGCCGUUAGCAAGUGGGAGACGGCUCUGCUUCUUGGGAGACAAGGGGCCAUCGAAGGGCACCUCCCGACCUCGUUCAUCGAUUAUGCAAGCUUUUCGUUCUGUUUUCUGUCGCCUCUGCUUGAAGAACCCGCCGCUGCGAGGGAGUUUCUGCGGUCUGCCGGUGUCGUCGUUUUCCACUCCCUGAGUGCUGUGCAAGGACAGGACGUGGGAGAGCUGUGAUUUGUGGGGGCUUUCUCAAUGCAUUUCAGUGAUUGGGGGGGGGGGGGGGGGGGGUGUUCUUCAUUGACAGUUCCUUUUUUUAAUACAAUCUUUUUAUCGCUGUGUUCCUACGUUUUGUAUGCAAUAACACCGUGUAAUAUAAUUUUUUUUUUUUUGGAAGGGCUAUUAAAUUUGCACGUUGGCUUGGUU